AAACAAUAUAUUAUUAACCAUGCAUAUAUCAGACCUCCAGGCCUCUAUAAAUUGCACAAACUCUGUCCACAUUGUAUAAAAAAACUAAAGCAGACUUAACAUAUUGACCCCUCUUCUUUUCUUGUAUUGGGUGUGCGUGAAAUUUCAGAAUCAUCGAUGGCAUCUGCACCGAGUUUGAGGAGAUCAGAGUCUAUUUCAGAAAGUAUGCCGGAGACGCUAAGGCAGAGUCGAUAUUAUGUGAAGAGGUGUUUUGCAAAGUACACAGGAAGUGGGAAAAGGUUGAUGAAGCUUCAUCAAUUAAUGGAGGAAAUGAACAUGGUGAUAGAGGAGGAAGAAGAGAGGAACCGUGUCUUGGAUGGUGAUAUUGGCAAGAUCUUGUGCUUGACUCAGGAAGCUGUUGUUGUUCCUCCUCACGUGGGUUUUGCCAUUAGAGCAAAUCCAGGGUACUGGGAAUAUGUUAAUAUUAACUCCAAUGAUCUGUCUGUAGAGCCAUUGACAAUUACAGACUACUUGAAACUCAAAGAGAAGAUCAUUGAUGAAAACUGGGCAAAAGAUGAAAAUUCAUUGGAAGUUGAUUUUGGAGCAUUUGACUUCUCAAUGCCUCGCUUGACUAUAUCUUCCUCCAUUGGAGAUGGAUUCAGUUUCAUUUCCAAGUUCGUAACUGCAAAGCUAAGUGGAGGCUUGGAGAAUGCACAGCCACUUGUUGAUUAUCUACUGUCAUUGGAUCAUCAAGGAGAAAAGCUUAUGAUAAAUGAGACACUUGAUACAGCUGCAAAGCUUCAGAUGGCUCUUUUAUUUGCUGAUGUUUACCUCUCAGGACUUCCCAAGAACACCCCAUUUCAAGAAUUUGAACUCAGGUUGAAGGAGUGGGGAUUUGAGAAGGGAUGGGGGGAUACUGCGGAAAGAGUGAAGGAGACAAUGAGAUCAUUAUCCGAAACCCUACAAGCACCGGAUCCGAUGAACAUGAAAAAUUUCUUGAGUAAACUUCCACUGAUUUUCAGUGUGGUGAUUUUCUCUCCUCAUGGUUACUUUGGGCAAUCAGAUGUCCUUGGCUUGCCAGACACUGGCGGACAGGUUGUUUACAUUUUGGAUCAAGUGAAGGCCAUGGAAGAGGAAUUGGUAUUGAGAAUUAAGUCUCGGGGACUGAACGUGAAGCCUCAAAUUCUUGUGGUAACAAGACUAAUUCCUGAUGCUAAAGGAACAAAGUGUAACCAAGAGUUCGAAGCAGUCACCGGAACCAAAUAUUCUAACAUCCUUAGGAUACCCUUCAAGACCGAAAAUGGAGUCCUACGCAGAUGGGUUUCCCGUUUCGACAUCUAUCCCUAUCUUGAGAGGUUUGCACAGGAUGCUACAACCAAGAUCUUGGAUGUUUUGGAAGGAAAACCAGAUCUUAUAAUUGGGAACUAUACAGAUGGGAAUUUAGUGGCUUCUCUUAUGGCCAGUAAACUUGGCAUAACUCAGGCAACAAUUGCUCAUGCUUUGGAGAAGACAAAGUAUGAAGAUUCAGACAUCAAAUGGAAGGAACUUGAUCCUAAAUACCACUUCUCUUGCCAGUUCUUAGCUGAUACGAUAUCCAUGAAUGCCACCGACUUUAUCAUUACAAGCACAUACCAGGAAAUCGUUGGAAGCAAACAGAAGCCUGGACAAUACGAAAGUCAUGUUGCGUUUAGCCUUCCCGGGCUGUGCAGAGUUGUUUCGGGCAUCAAUGUUUUCGAUCCUAAAUUCAAUAUUGCUUCUCCGGGUGCUGACCAAUCUAUUUACUUCCCUUAUUUCGAGAAGCAGAGACGUCUCACAUCGUUCCACCCUGCCAUUGAAGAACUCCUGUAUAGUAAAGAAGACAAUGACGAACAUAUUGGAUAUCUGGCAGACAAAAAGAAGCCGAUUAUAUUCUCAAUGGCAAGGCUCGAUGUUGUGAAAAACCUAACUGGAUUAACCGAGUGGUUCGGAAAGAACAAAAGGCUAAGAAGUUUGGUUAAUCUUGUUAUAGUUGGAGCCUUUUUCGAUCCAUCUAAAUCAAAAGACAGAGAAGAAAUGGCUGAAAUCAAGAAGAUGCAUUUCCUGAUAGAGAAAUAUCAACUAAAGGGUCAGAUUAGAUGGAUAGCAGCUCAAACUGAUAGGCAGCGUAAUGGAGAAAUCUACCGAUGUAUUGCUGAUACCAAAGGAGCUUUUGUACAGCCUGCAUUGUAUGAAGCAUUUGGUCUUACAAUCAUAGAAGCAAUGAACUGUGGAUUACCAACUUUUGCAACUAAUCAGGGAGGUCCAGCAGAAAUAGUUGUUGAUGGCAUCUCUGGUUUCCAUAUUGAUCCGAACAAUGGCGAUGAAUCAAGUAACAAAAUCGCAGAUUUCUUCGAGAAGUGCAAAGCGGAUGUAGGAUACUGGAACAAGUUUUCUACAGAAGGUCUUACACGUAUCAACGAAUGCUACACUUGGAAGAUAUAUGCCAACAAGGUGCUCAAUAUGGGCUGUAUCUAUACAUUUUGGAGGCAAUUGAAUAAGACCCAAAAACAAGCAAAGCAAAGAUACAUCCAAUCAUUCUAUAGUCUACAAUUCAGAAAACUGGUAAAGAAUGUACCAAUUGCUCGGGAUGAAGUUCAACCAGUACCACUACCACCACCUCCUCCUCCGAAGCCACAACCAACAUUAAGUGGAAGACGUACCCAGUCAAAAUUGCAGAGGUUAUUUGGUGCUUAAAACUUCUACAACAUGAUACCUCUCACGCAAUUCAAACUGCCUGACUGCCGCAUCUAUUCCCAGGCUUACUCCGAGAUUCAGUUCCCAACUUCAUCAAGUAAUUGUUUUUCAAAUAAAUAUAUCAACAUAAUAUGAUACAGAUCAACCAUUCUUCAAUAUGUGAGACUAAACUUGUAUAUAAUAAAGCAUGCCAUUUGUGGUACAUGUUCUUUC